GACACACGUGUGCAGCGAGUCCAGCAAAGCAACGUGAGGUAACAACUUUUCUCUCCAGCAAAGUUAGUUCUAAUUCAGUUUCCGAUUCCUCCUUUCACUUUCCCAAACCCUCCUCACAAAACCGAGCCAAAAUGGCGAGCCUCUGGCGCGCGGCGACCGCCUUAAUCGAAAACCCAACCGACCACGACGGCACGGAAUUCUGGUCCAACCUGGAACGAACCGGCUGGCUAAUGAAACAAGGCGAAUACAUCAAAACCUGGCGGCGCCGUUGGUUCGUACUCAAGCAGGGAAAACUCUUCUGGUUCAAAGAAUCAACCAUCACGCGCGUUUCGAAACCGCGUGGCGUUAUCCCCGUCGCGUCUUGUCUUACUGUGAAAGGCGCGGAGGAUAUUCUCCAUAAACCUUUUUCCUUUGAACUUUCGACACGCGCUGAUACUAUGUAUUUUGUUGCGGAUUCUGAUAAGGAGAAGGAGGAUUGGAUUAACUCGAUCGGGCGGUCGAUUGUUCAGCAUUCUAGAUCUGUUACCGAUUCGGAGAUCGUUGAUUAUGAUAACGCGAAACGCUGAUCGAAAUAUUGUUCACGCGCUUUGCUGGUUUGUUCUGAAAUUCACGCGCCUUAGAGUGGGAUAUUCUGCUGUGGAUCAUGCAACUCCAAUCCUAGCAAAGGAUACUGAACUCUCCCCCUUGUCUUCCGUAAUCCCUGUCUGUUCUUUACAAAAUGAGAUAAGCAACCGUGAAUCUGCUAUUUCAAUGAUCUGUUUUUGGGAUUGACAUCUUACAUAAUUUGUGUAGGCUUAGACCCUCACCAAACAUGUUUCUGAAGAUUUCUUUUUCUGUUAAUAUUUCCUUGUAAUACUCUGCCACCUAGUCCGUACUCUGUUCCAAAAACAUUUUUUUAGACAAAAACAAAGUAAAAGUCUAGCAGAUGGCUCUUUCUCUU